UUUUUAUUUGCAUUCACAACAUCAACCAAAAACAUCCCAUACUCCAAUAAACCAAUAAUUCUAUCCUAAAACACAUCUAUAUUCUUCUCAUAUUAUAUAAUUACUAGACUGUGUAAUUACUAGACUACAACGAAAAUGUCAAUACCUAGAAUGGAAGAAAUGGAAACACCACAUUUGUGUAAACCACCAACACCACAUAUGCCUAAGACAAAGGGCAUAAUGUCAAUUCUUGGAUUAGAUACUCAAAGAGGCAAAUCAAAUGUAACCUCUAUUAGAAGAACAUUUUCAGCUGAUAUGUCAUCUAAACAAUGGCUUACACAAAAUGGUUUUUUCUCUCCAAUUAAAAAGAUUGCUUCAUCUAAAGAUCUUGCGCUUUCAACCUCCUCUGAGGAAGAAGAAGAAGAGGAGGAGGAGGAGGAGCUCGCAAGACGAAAAACAUCAUUUGAUGUUUGGAGUUUAAUUUUGUCACAAAAGAAAAAUGAUGAUCUUCAAACUCCAUAUAUUCACCCUCUUGUUAAAAGAUCAACAAGUUCUUUGAGUGAAAAGAGUCUUGAAAUUUGUACUGAAAAUCUUGGGUCGGAGAAUGGCUCUGAUGGUUUUUCCUCCUACGCUCCUUCUGAGAAUGAAGAUGUAGAUAAGGAAAAACACGACCACCAUCACCACUAUCACCACCACCAUCAAUACUGCUCGCAAUUCAUUGAGGAAUUGCGAGUAGUAAAGUAUAAUAAUAGCAAGAGACCAUCAUCAUCUUUUCCUCCUCCAAUCACUUCCUUGGCUAGAGGGGACAACAAGCCUUCUAUUCAAAUGCAAUCUCGACGCCAAGAUGGUAAAUUGAUUCUUGAUGUUGUUUCUAUUCCUCAUCGAAAUAAUUUCCAUGCACAUCGCCUUGAUGGUCGUCUUCUUCUAACCUUAGUUGAUAAUAGUACUUCCACUUCAUCAUUAGAAAAAGAGAUGGAGGCUUAUGGUGAAGAUUUUGAUCAACUUUUCGACGUUAUUGAUGAUAAUACACCUCAAAAUGAUUAUGUAAGUGAUGAUUGUCUUGAAAAAGAAGAAGAAGAAAAGGGGAUCAUUGUGAUGGAACAAAACCCAAGAUUGUCAAGUGGGGUAAAAACUAUGAUGAGGUUGUUAGAUUCUCCGAUCGAAAUAAGGAAAAAGUCAAUUCAAUUCCCAAUUGAGACAAAAUUUCCCAAAAUCUCCCUCGAACUGAAAGAUCAUUUGGGGCUAGGAAACAAGACUUGUGUAACGUGGUCUAAAAAGUUUAGUAAAGUUGUCAACUUGACAGGAUCUGUGGAUUCAACUGAACUAACUGAUCAGGAGGUAAGUCAAAUAAUCUCAGUUCCUCAGUCGACGACGGCCUCUUUCAAUGCCUAUGAGUAUUUUUGGAGGAAGAAUCCUACAAUUGCAGAAAAAUGCAACAACUAUACCACUAAGCAAGUUGUUGUUGCAUCCAAUAGUACUACUCCCAAUGCUAAGAGUACAACAAAAGUAGCAACAUAUAUGAAUUAUUUGGUACCUUUGCAAAGAGGAUGCAAAGAGCAAAAGAGGUCUUUACUAAUUUGGGAGCCUUACUGCAUUGCUACCUCUUGAUGACCACCAAAUGUUUUAUCAAGUCCUAAUUCAACUAAUUAACAAUUAAAAAAAAAUUAAUAUGUAAAACUAUAUAAUAUGUAUUAUUAUUAAGAUUUUUAUUUU